AGUGAACGCCACUUUUCUAAUUCUAACUGGACGUCACAAAUACAAAAUGGCAAAGAAAAGAAAGGGUUCAGGCCGAGCCGCUCCAAGCGGCCCGAAAGAAUUUGACGAAAAAGAUGGGAAUCUUGGACCAAUUACAUCCUAUAGGGACGUUGCCGACGAGGAAGAUGACUUUCAUAUUAAUAGAGACAAGGUGAUGCUUGAUGAGGGACCAGAGGCCAAAAGGCAGCGCAAAUGGGCAGAGCAAGACGCAUUCCUCGAGCCUUCCGAUGAGGAAGUUCUUGGAUACUCCGAUGCUAGUUCCGAAGACGACGAGGCGGCAGGGAGCCGAUUGAGCAAAAGCAAGUCGAAUCGCAAGGCAACUUCGGAUUCGGAAGGAUCAGAGGCAGAGGAGGAGGACGAAGACGCUGAGGGUUGGGGAUCAUCGAAAAAAGACUACUACAAUGCGGAUAAUAUCGAGACGGAGGUGGACGCCUUAGAAGAGGAGGCUGAAGCAAAGCGUUUACAGCAAAAGAAGUUGCAGAGCAUGUCCGAGGCAGAUUUUGGGUUUGAUGAAAACGAGUGGCUGCAAGAAGCAAAGGAUGACGACGGAGACGUAGUCACAGAGAUUCUAAAGGACGUGGAAAUCACGGACGACUUGGGACCAGAGGAGCGACUGAAGCUGCUCCAGACGAGAUACCCCGAAUUCGAGUUUCUGGCAAAUGAGUUCGUGGAAUUACAUCCGGUCCUGGAGGAUCUCAACAACGAAAUCAGCGCCACAGGGCCCAGGAAUACUGUCGCGGUUAUUAAGAGCCGUGCCUUGGCUGCUUAUCUUGGAGCGCUGACAAUGUACUUUGCCGUCCUCACUUCUACAGCAAAGGAAGAGAACGCCAAGUCAGCUCUUGACCCAAUGGAACUCCGAGACCAUGCGGUUAUGGAUAGUCUUCUACUGUGCCGCGAGAUGUGGUCCAAAACAAAGACCCUUCAAGCAGAGGAUAUGCCAUUUGGCGGCCUUGACGAAGAUGAGAUACUAUCCGACGAAGCCACACCCGAAACCGACGAGGAUGAGGCCUUUGAACGUAUUCCAUCAACCAAGAAGUCCAAAAAGGCUGCCAAGCUUGAAGCUGCUGCUGCUGCAACAGCUAAAGCGCGCAAGGCCCGAAUCGACGCCAACGAAGCUUCUUUGACCGACCUCUCCUCCCUCAUCCCCACCACCAAAACACGCAAAUCCUCAAGCUCCAAGGCCAAGCCAGCUAUCGUGCAAGACUCCGACUCCGACUUUGGAGAAGAAGAAACUCUCUCCUCGCGCGCCCUUGCUGAGAAGGCCGCCAAGAAGAAAUCUCUCCGCUUCUACACCUCUCAAAUCGCACAGAGGUCGAAUAAGCGCAACGAGGCUGGUCGUGACGCGGGUGGUGAUGCUGAUCUACCGUACCGUGAGCGCCUGCGCGAUAGGCAGAACAGGCUGAAUGCUGAAGCUGAACGCCGUGGCAAGAAAUUAGACGAGUAUGGCCGAGGCGCUGAGCUUGGUGGAAAUAGUGACGAAGAAGAUGAUGCGGAUAGAGCCGCUGGCAAGAAGGUCCAAGACGAAGAAGAUGAGUACUACGAUCUCGUGGCACAAACGUCGAAGGCAAAGAAGGCUAUGAAGGAAGAUAAGCACGCAGCCCUUGUUGCUGCAGAGGCUGAGAAUUCCUUGGCCAGAGUUGAGGGCGAGGAUGUUGGUGAGGAUGGCAAGCGUGCCAUAGGAUAUGUGAUUUCCAAAAACCGUGGACUCGCGCCGAAGAGGAAGAAGGAAGUCCGCAACCCCAGAGUUAAGAAGAGGAUGAAGUAUGAGGAGAAGAUGAAGAAGUUGGGCAGCAUGAAGGCCAUUUAUAAGGGCGGCGAGGAGCGCGGUGGUUACUCGGGUGAGAAGACUGGUAUUAAGGCCGGGGUGGUUAAGAGUGUCAAGUUGUAGAUAUGGAGUCUUGAAAAUGAAAUCAAAUUUGUUACAGACAUGUACGUUCCAUAGACCCCGGGCAAGCUACGGCAUAGAUAUAAUUUAACAAAAGUCACG